CUCUCUCUUUCUCUGCCAUCGAGGUGCAUGCGUUUGAUUCUCCUUCACCAUGUCUUCCCACAAGACUUUCAGAAUCAAGAGGUUCCUGGCCAAGAAACAAAAGCAGAAUAGGCUCAUUCCCCAGUGUUUUCAGAUGAAAACUGGUAAUGAAAUCAGGUACAGCUCGAAGGGGAGACAUUGGAGACGAACCAAACUGGGUCUAUGA